GUCAUUGACUUCAGUGAACGUAUCGCCAGCGAACGAAAACCAUUUCAAAUAAAAUGCAAGCGUAGCCGGGCGCCCCGUUAUUAGCCCCGCGGCUCUAGACUCAGCAACUUGAGUGAAGAAUACCGUAACAAAAAAAAGAAGUUAAAUAAGCAUCGCGUGUUCACUAUCGCGGAGUGUUGAAAGUAUGGUGAUUCAAAAAAUUUGCUGUCUCGGCGCGGGCUACGUUGGCGGACCUACGUGCAGUGUUAUUGCACUGAAAUGCCCAGACAUCAAAGUAACCGUUUGCGACAAGAGCGUCGACAGAAUAAACCAGUGGAACUCGGAAAAGCUGCCGAUUUACGAACCGGGUUUGGACGACGUUGUCAAACAAUGCAGAGGUAGAAAUUUAUUUUUCUCCACCGAUAUUGAGACUAGUAUUUUGGAGGCUGACCUCAUAUUUAUCUCUGUUAACACACCGACUAAGACUAUAGGAAAUGGUAAAGGCAGAGCAGCGGAUUUGAAGUAUAUCGAAGGCGCAGCGCGUAUGAUCGCGGAAAUAGCGACGAGCAACAAAAUCGUCGUCGAAAAAAGCACUGUGCCAGUCAAAGCUGCGGAAAUCAUCAUGAAAAUCCUCCGUGCUAACACCAAACCGGGUGUGGAGUACCAGAUACUCUCCAACCCCGAGUUUUUGGCUGAAGGUACAGCGAUUGUUGAUUUGGUUGAGGCAGAAAGAGUUUUGAUAGGUGGGGAAGAGACAGCGGAGGGUCAAAAGGCUGUGCAAGAUUUGUGUUGGGUCUACGAACACUGGAUACCGGCCAAAAACAUACUAACAACUAACACUUGGAGUUCGGAGUUGUCUAAACUAGCAGCGAAUGCAUUCCUUGCGCAAAGGAUCUCUAGUAUAAACUCGUUGUCAGCCGUUUGCGAAGCUACAGGUGCUGAUGUAUCCGAAGUAGCGAGAGCAGUUGGUCGUGAUUCCCGUAUCGGCCCAAAAUUCCUCGAAGCCUCCAUAGGUUUCGGCGGAAGCUGUUUCCAAAAAGACAUACUAAACUUAAUCUAUCUAUCAGAAUGUUUGAACCUGCCCGAAGUUGCUGCAUACUGGCAGCAAGUUGUCAAUCUAAACGACUAUCAGAAAACUCGUUUCACCCGUAAAGUCAUUGAAUCGUUGUUCAACACGGUUGCAGAUAAAAAGAUUGCAAUACUUGGGUUUUCCUUUAAGAAAAACACAGGUGACACCCGGGAGUCUCCCGCAAUUUAUGUAGCAAGCACUUUGUUGGACGAAGGAGCAAAACUACACAUAUAUGAUCCGAAAGUUGAGCACGACCAGAUAUUUUAUGAGUUAAUGCACCCUUUAGUAACCAGUGAGCCGGAAAGGAUACAAAAGAGCAUAGAAAUUCACAGUUCAGCAUACUCCGCUGUAUCGGGGGCACAUGCUAUAGUUUUGUGCACGGAAUGGGACGAGUUUAAGACUCUUGAUUAUAAAAAAAUAUAUGAGGUUAUGAUGAAACCAGCGUACAUAUUCGAUGGUCGGAAGAUUUUGGAUCACGAAGCUUUAUUGAAUAUUGGUUUCCACGUGCAGACUAUUGGAAAACGGCUGUCUAGGACGAGCAGUAUUAGGGCGCAGGGCAGUCAAACAAUGCCUUGAUUUAUGUACCAACCAAACCUAACUGAUAAGAGGAUCGGUGAACACACCCAGUGAGAAGUAACGUCCAAAAUGAACAAGUUACAAUGGUAUGACCACAGAACUAAGAACACACAGAAACCGUGUACACGACUAAUUUUGAGGCAUCAAAAACCACUCCACUUUAGCAGUUGACAGUAAUUUCAUUUUCAUUUUCAUUUCAUUUCAAUUGUUUUAACUCGUAAUGUUUUAAAGGCUUACCAUAAAAUGGGGUGAAUGGGAAAAGGUUUGUGAGCUAGCAACAUUCCGCGGGUGUAAAGUGUUAUUGUACGUAAUGGCUGAAUGAGGGUUCGGUAUGUUCUUAAACCUGUGGUUAUAUUAUAACAAUAAUGUAAAUAAAACGAACAAAGAAGCAAUAAAAUAUGAAUAAACAAUUAAUUAAUGUGAUCAGAUCGAACAAAAGUUGAAUUGUAUUAUAUAUUUUUUUUUUUUUGACAUUUUAUUAAUCAGUUUUUAAUUCUCACGAUUCUGUGUUGACUGAAAUCAACAAAACAUAUUCAAGGCGAUUACCGUAUUUUUUUUUCAAAUCCUUGAAUGCAGUUUGAAUUAUUUUGAAUAUGAAGAUGGAUUUUUGAAACAGAAUUCCAUUAAUUAAUAAUUGUUAUGAGAGCGAACAAAAGUGGAAUACGAUAUUUUUUUUAUCAUUUCAUUAUUCAGCUUUAAAUUCUCACGAUUCUGUGCUGACUCAAAUCAACAAAACGUAUUCAAGACGAUAACUGUAAUUUUUUUUAAAUGCUUGAACGCAGUUUAAAUGCGAAAAUGGAUUUUUGAAACAGAAUUCAGCUAUCUCUAAUUUUUUUUUUUUAAUACCCUAGAAUAUAAUAUUAUUUUUGUAUCCUCUAAGAACACCUAUUUUAUUACAGCAGUAUAUAGCGACUAUAUUUUUUAGUAUUAAAUUAUAAUAAUUAAGUUGGUAUGUGUAUUUCGUUAUUUUUCUGCACUUGACCGGUUUUUAUGGAUUUUUUUUUAAUUCAUGUUAAAAUAAAAACACGUUUUACUGCGUGAUUUUACACGUAUUUUCAUUUUCAUAAUA